CCCUCUGUGUACAAUCCGAAUCAGCAGCAGAGUCGUUGGCAGAGGCAGUCUGAUUACAAAUAGAAGGCCUUUUGUUCGAGGCUUCGAGUCGAGUUCGCGACUCGACGUUUAGUCAGUGACCAAGUGUGAGGUGAACGAAAUCCGUUUCUUUCUGCCAUCAAAAACUCUCAAAAACUGCGCAGACAAAGUCCAAGGGGAGGAAGACUAGAUCCCUAAAGUAUUCCCUAUCUGCAUUUCGAACUAGCAACGGCUGCAACAAAGACUCAUUUGUUUUUUUCGGCUGGGCUCUUGCACUCUCGCUGAACUUUGAAGUGCGACGAGUAUAAAAAACGCAUAAAGUCGGAAUAAAGAAGUAAAUAAAUAAGAAAAGCAGACAGAUCGGCCUAUCAUCUAUAUACUAGAGGCCUUUAAUCACAGUGAAAUCGGGAAUCGGACACAUUCCGUACUGCCCUCUUAUAUAUGGCGAAUUGCUGCGCAUUUGUGUUUGUCCUGAACCAGAUUGACAUCAUCGGUGCUUGGGAGCAAAGUAGAGCUGCAAUACAGAGCUGACCAAGCGACACUUGCUGGGAACAGUCCGGAGAAGUACACGAAAAACUAUAGGAACUACCGUCCAGAACUUGUUAUCAAAAUGACCUACCAUUGGAUAACCAUUUGGGUUUGUGUGAUCUUGCUGAUCAUCCCGGAUCAGAAAUUCAUGGCAGAGGCGAGCGUGCGAGAUCUUUGUCCAGGUCCCCCGAGCACGACUGGAGUGUGUAUGCCAACCACCAUGGGCAUCCAUUAUGAUCCGGAAGCGCAACGUUGCAAAUAUAAGGGUUGUAGCAACAAACGGCUCUUCGCCUCCCUUGAGGACUGCGACAAGAUUUGUAACAAUCCGCGGCACGUCAAGCGGCGCAACCAAGCAAGAGCCAAUGAAACUCCACGUUGAAUAAAUCAAAUCGAAAUAGAAGGGAA